AUGACGACCCCCGUCCACACGCAAGAGUUCGAGGAUGCCAUCAAGAUUACAUCCCUGUCCUCGCAUACCUACUCUGCGGAUUUGGCAUCGCAGUGGUCCAUUGGAAGCGCUCCCAAUGGAGGGUAUAUAACUGCAAUCUUCUACCGGCUUGCAACAACCCAUUUCCAAAACACGCACCCAACCCAACACUCCUCCCAACCAAUGCCAAUCAGGUCUGCUAUGUUGACAGUCCGCGAUGUGAAAUUGGGGUUAAGGACGUCGACGAUUCAUGUUACAUUGAGUCAGCUAGACUCGUCAACCUUGCCGGUAAAACAGAUUGACAGGGUUACCGGAUACAUCACGAUCUCGGAUCCAAUAUCAGAAGUCGGAGUAUCCACACCUUGUAGCUGGAAACUUUAUCCCCCGCCUCCAGACUCCAAGCCGCCGCAACUUUCUAAUGGGCGACCAGUCCAAAACAGCCCCUGGAAGAAAACGAUCGUGAAAGAGCCAGCUUUCCGACGCGCAUCAAACAACUCGGAGUUCUGGGAACCGGUGGCUCCAUGCCUGGAUGAACGACGAGGGAUUUCUGAUCAAUGGAGCAGGCUGCGGCCUCAGGGACCGAAGGGAGGAUUGGGGAGAUGGACCAACGAAGCCCUUGCAUACUUGGUUGAUAUUUUCCCUGUGGCGUUGGAAAUGAUAGAAAGUGCUACUGUCGACGAAAUGGGAAGCCCACCACCGUUCUGGUUUCCCACCAUUGCGUUGAAUGUUGAUUUCAAGAAAUUUCUUCCCAAGGAUGGGGUGGAAUGGCUCUAUAGCCGAAUUACCACAAAAUCCGUUCGUAAUGGGAGGAUCGACAUUGAGGUGAUAGUGACGGAUGAGGCGGGAGAUAUAGUGGCUCUUGCGACACAGGUAGGGCUGGUGUUGGGAUCAAGUCGUAACACUGGUGAGAAACGAGAAGAAAACGGCCAGCGAAAGAAUGCACGUCUUUGA